AUGCCGCCCAACCCUCCCACCCUCUCGUACUUUACGCGCCUCUCCCCGAGCGUAUAUUACCUCCCCCGGCCACCACCCACGACGCUCCCUCCUCUCCCGCCUCUCCCCUCUCCCGCGUCCACACCCGCCCUCGCCACGCCUGCCACCCCCGCGCCCCGCCUCGUCGUCCUCGCCACGUGGAUGGGCGCCCAACCAGCCCACAUGGACAAGUACAUUGAGCCGUACCGCCGCCUGUUCCCGUCGUCGCCCAUCCUUGUCCUCCGCUCAGAGCCCGGCGACUGGCUCGUACCGUGGAAGAAACCUGACAUGAGUCCCGGUGCGGACGUGGUGCGCUCUCUGUUCCCCGAGAUCGCUGCGGGGUCCCAACCCAACCCCUCCCCAAGCACCCCCUCGCUGCACGAAAGCCAAACCACCGCCUCGUUACACGAAAGCAAGAGCCGACCAGAACUCGUCAUCCAAGUGUGGUCAAAUGGGGGCUCGGCCUCGCUCGCGCGACUGCGCCAAUCUCUCGGCCCCAGCAUCCUUCCUCCCUUCACAUUAGUGCUGGAUAGCACGCCGUCCCAGUUCUCCUACAGCGGCACAUACACGGCCUUUUCUCUGGUCGCGCCGAGAAAGUGGAGAUGGAUCCUGCGUCCGUUCCUACACGGUCUCGUGGCGUGGUUCUGGCUCCUCACUUUCCUGCGGUCGGCUUUGGAUUUCCGAUCAAGAAGCAAAUCGAGAAAAUACGGACCCCUAGCCCUGUUGGCUGCAUCGCACAAUACGCGGGAAUUGCAACUGGUCGAAGCGCGAAGGACGUACAUCUACUCGAAAGAGGACGCGCUUAUUCCUUACAAGGAUGUGGAAGAGCAUGCGGAGGAUGCGGAGAAGAAGGGGUUCAAGGUCCGGAUGGAGGAGUUUGUGGGGACGGCACAUGUCGCACAUGCGCUCGGCGUCCAGCACCCGAUCAUGCUCGCGGGCAUGUCGGUUGCCGCGGGCCCCAAGCUCGCAGCCGCCGUCACCAACGCCGGCGGUCUCGGUGUCAUUGGCGGUGUCCGCGCUACACCAAAGUACCUCCGCAGCCAGAUCCACGAGAUUAAGAAACACCUCUCCGACCCCAACGGCGCCUUUGGAGUCGACCUUCUCUUGCCCCAGCUCGGCGGCAGUGCUCGCAAGACGAACAAGGACUACACGAAUGGCCAGCUGGAUGACCUCAUCUCGGUGGUUAUCGAGGAGGGAGCAAAGCUCUUCGUUUCCGCAGUCGGCGUGCCGCCCAAAGAGGUUGUGGACCGGCUGCACAAGCAUGGCAUUGUGGUCAUGAACAUGGUCGGCCACCCCAAGCACGUUCCCAAGGCGCUCGCCGUCGGCGUCGACAUCAUCUGCGCCCAGGGCGGCGAGGGCGGCGGCCACACCGGCGACGUCCCCUUCUCGAUUCUCAUCCCCGCCUGCGUCGACGCAUGCAAGGGCAAGACCUCGCCUCUGACCGGCAAGCCUAUCAUGGUCAUUGCCGCUGGCGGUAUUGCCGACGGCCGCGGCCUCGCCGCGUCGCUCAUGUACGGUGCGGAUGGUGUGUGGGUCGGCACGCGUUUCGUGGCUUCCGUCGAAGCCGGCGCGCCCCCCAAACACAAGGAGUCCGUCCUCACCGCCGGGUUCGGAGACGCCCGCCGCACCCUCAUCUACUCGGGCCGCCCCAUGCGUGUCCGCUACACAGACUACGUCAAGGACUGGGAGGAGAACCGCCAGGAGGAGAUCAAGCUGCUUACGGAGCAAGGCAUCAUCCCGCACGAGGACCAUAUGGCCAAGCACCCAGAGACCGGCGCAAAGGGUCUCAAAUUUUUGAUGGGGGAUGUCGCCAGUGUGAUUGACUCUGUCAAGAGUGCGAAGGAUAUCGUCGACGAGAUGGUGACGACGGCAGUGAGGUGUAUCCAGGUCGGAGUGGCGGACAUCAGUGUCUGGGCCGCCAAGCCCGUCGAACUGAGCUACGACGUCCUCGAACCCGAGACAAAGGGCAGGGGAUGUAUGGUGAUCUGCCAUGGGCUGUUGGGAUCCAAGGCUAAUUGGCGCGGACUGGCGAGGCGCUUUGCAAAGGAGCUGAAUAUGCCGGUGUAUACUCUGGACCUUCGCAACCAUGGGCGCUCGCCACACGCCCAGCCGCACACGUACCCGGCCAUGGCGGUGGACGUGGCCCAUUUCCUCACCUCACACGGGCUCGAGGAUGUGAAUCUCCUCGGGCAUAGCAUGGGCGGAAAGACUGUCAUGGCGCUAGCCUUGAACGACAAGCUGAACAAGCCGCUCAAGAGUCUAAUCAGUGUCGACAUUGCACCGACAAACGAACCCAUUGAGCCACAAUACGACAGCUACCUCCGCGGUAUGCGGGAGAUCGAGGCGGCGCACUUGACAUCCAGGAAGGAGGCGGAUAAGAUGAUGGAGCCUUAUGAGGCUGAUGCCGGGGUGCGGCAAUUCCUCCUGACCAAUGCAGUGAUGGAGGAUGGGCACGUGUGUUUCCGCGUCGGGAUCGAUACCCUCGCCUCGGCAACUAGGGGGUUGGGGACGUUCCCGUACCACGUCAAAGAUGGACGACCCGAGGCGACGUGGGACGGCCCGACACUGUUCCUCAGAGGGAGCAGGAGCGACUACGUCCUGGACAAGCAUUUGCCCGACGCGCGCAAGUUGUUCCCGCACUUGGAGGUUGAGACGCUGGAUGCUGGGCACUGGGUACAUGCCGAGCUUCCGCGGGAGACGGGCGAUGCGGUGAUUGCGUUUGUGCGCCGUAGCCAGAGUCGUUUGUAG